GCCGCACAUGGGCUGGCCCCGCCACUGCCACCGCCCUAACCCCCGGCGGCCCGGGUCUCCCAGCCUCCUGCGGCUCCACUUGCCCGACCAGCCAUGUCUCUCGGCGGAGCCUCCGAGCGCAGCGUCCCAGCCACCAAGAUUGAAAUUACCGUGUCCUGCCGGAACCUGCUAGAUCUCGAUACCUUCUCCAAGUCCGACCCCAGUAGGAGGCUCCAGGACCGGGAGGGGGACGUGGGGUCUCGCGCGACUGAGGGGCGGGUGGGGUGGGGAGGAGGGGUGCAGGCCGGCCUGACGUCCUUCCCCCUCCGCCCCCACCCGCAGUGGUGGUGCUUUACACGCAAAGCCGCGCCAGCCAGGAGUGGCGGGAGUUCGGACGGACCGAAGUGAUCGACAACACGCUGAACCCCGACUUCGUGCGCAAAUUCGUCCUCGACUAUUUCUUUGAGGAAAAGCAAAAUCUGCGCUUCGAUGUGUACAACGUGGACUCCAAAACCAACGUCUCCAAACCGAAGGGGUGUACCAGGCAAGAAGUGUGGGAGCAUACUGCUGACUGCAGAGGAGCUUAGCAAUUGUCGGGACAUCGCUACCAUGCAGCUAUGUGCAAACAAGCUGGACAAGAAGGACUUCUUUGGGAAAUCAGACCCCUUCCUCGUGUUCUACAGGAGCAAUGAGGAUGGCACGUUCACUAUUUGCCACAAGACAGAAGUUGUGAAGAACACGCUGAACCCGGUGUGGCAGCCCUUCAGCAUCCCUGUGCGGGCGCUGUGCAACGGAGACUACGACAGGACAGUGAAGAUUGAUGUGUAUGACUGGGACCGCAAUGGAAGCCACGACUUCAUCGGGGAGUUUACUACCAGCUACCGGGAGCUGAGCAAGGCCCAGAACCAGUUCACAGUAUACGAGGUACUUAACCCUCGGAAGAAAUGUAAGAAGAAGAAAUACGUCAACUCAGGAACUGUGACGCUGCUCUCUUUCUCUGUGGACUCUGAAUUCACGUUUGUUGAUUACAUCAAGGGAGGGACACAGCUGAACUUCACAGUAGCUAUUGACUUCACAGCUUCCAAUGGGAAUCCCCUGCAGCCUACCUCCCUGCACUACAUGAGUCCCUACCAGCUCAGCGCCUAUGCCAUGGCCCUGAAGGCAGUGGGAGAGAUCAUCCAGGACUAUGACAGUGACAAGCUCUUCCCAGCUUAUGGCUUUGGGGCUAAGCUGCCCCCAGAGGGACGGAUCUCCCACCAGUUCCCCCUGAACAACAAUGACGAGGACCCCAACUGUGUGGGCAUUGAGGGCGUGCUGGAGAGCUAUUUCCAGAGCCUGCGCACUGUGCAGCUCUACGGGCCCACCUACUUUGCUCCUGUCAUCAACCAGGUGGCCAGGGCUGCAGCCAAGAUCUCUGACGGUUCCCAGUACUAUGUUCUGCUCAUCAUCACGGAUGGAGUCAUCUCUGACAUGACACAGACCAAGGAGGCCAUCGUCAGUGCCUCCUCACUGCCCAUGUCCAUCAUUAUUGUUGGUGUGGGACCAGCCAUGUUUGAGGCCAUGGAAGAGUUGGAUGGUGAUGAUGUGCGCGUGUCCUCUAGGGGACGCUAUGCGGAACGGGACAUCGUUCAGGCCACAGCCCACACCUUCUUGUCUGUGCCUGUCCCAGUUUGUCCCAUUCCGAGACUAUGUCGACCGGUCGGGGAACCAGGUGCUGAGCAUGGCCCGACUGGCCAAGGACGUGCUGGCCGAGAUCCCAGAGCAGCUGCUGUCCUAUAUGCGCACGAGGGACAUCCAGCCCCGGCCCCCGCCCCCAGCUAGCUCCAGUCCAACCCCAGCUGCAGAGCAGCCCUGAGGAGCCCACAUAUCCAAUGCCCAGCAGUCUGCUCGCCUGCUCACCCACUGUUUCUGCUGAAAGCCAGAGGCACCUGAGCCCUGGACCCCACUGGGAGGGCCAGCUUGGAGGACUGGUGCUGGCUGACAAGCCCUCUGCUCCCUCGCCUGCAGAAGGGCCUGGCACUGUCACCACCUCCCUGCCUUCAUGCCAACAAUAAAGCUAAUCAUUACA